AUGAUAGAGCUUCUUGAGGCUUCACAUCUGGCUUUGGAAGGCGAAAACAUUUUGCAUGAAGCGAAAGCCUUCUCAACUGGGAUUCUCCGCGAGAGAGUCUCCAGUUUGGAUGGUCGGCUCUUCAAAUGCACCGUCCAUGCUUUGGAGCUUCCGUUGCAUUGGAGGGUCCAGUGGUUCGACAUCAAAUGGCAAAUAAGCUUGUACGAGCAGCGGGAGGACAAGCAAAGCAAUCUGCUUGAGCUUGCCAAGCUCAAUUUCGACACGGUCCAGGCCACACACCAAAGAGAUCUUAGAGAGAUAUCCAGGUGGUGGAGGGAUCUGGGACUCAUGGAGCACGUGGACUUCACGAGGGAUCGGCUGGUCGAGAGUUUCUUGUGUGCCCUUGGACUCUCUCAGGAAACACGGCUCAGCUCGCUCCGCAAAUCUCUCACCAAAGUCGUCAUCUUGAUACUGGUGAUCGACGAUGUCUACGACCUUUAUGGUUCGUUGGAAGAGUUGGAAUGCUUUACCAGCGCCAUUACCAGAUGGGACUCGGAGCAGAUUCAACAGCUUCCCGAGUGCAUGAAGGUGUGUUUCCGAGCGCUUAACGAUGUUAUUCACGAGAUCGCUUAUGAUAUUGGCAAAGAUGAAGAUUGGCAUCUAGUGCUACCACAUCUCGCGAAAGCCUGGGCAGACUUCUGCAAAGCCUUACUUACUGAAGCAAAGUGGGACAAUAUGGGCUACACACCAUCGCUGGAAGAGUACUUGAGCAAUGCGUGGACAUCAUCUUCAGGACCUUUGAUCAUGUCUCACGCUAGUUUCCUUGUGGGACAUAUGAAUUUGGAGGAUGUAGCAGAUUUGUUGGAGAGAAACAAGGAUCUGAUUUACAAUGUGUCCAUGAUAAUUCGCCUCUGCAAUGACCUUGGAACGUCAACGGUAAUUAUCAAACUUCUGUGCCGAAGUUAUUUACCAACUGAAUUUGACAUGAUGCCGAAAGAGACAGGAGAUGCUCCAUCGUCAGUGGUGUGUUACAUGCGAGAAGCGAAUGUUCCGGAAGACGUCGCUAGGAAGCACAUCAAGGAACUGAUAAACCAGGCAUGGAAGAGCAUCAAUGCUCAUUGCUUUGGCAAUGUCGAGACGCCCUUUGUCCGAACCUUCAUUGAUGUCACCGUGAACGCGUCUCGUGUUGCACAUAUGCUUUACCAGUUCGGAGAUGGGUUUGGCGUCCAGGAUGGUGAUAUUAGGCGGCAAAUCUUAUCUGCAGUGAUUCACCCUGUCGCUCUUAACUGA